GGAAGCGGAAGUCAAGAUGAAGCCCCGACGCGCUCGAGCUCGCGCUCGCCCCAGGCUGGUUCCGCUUCCGGGUGGGUCGCCGGGUGGCAUGGCGGCGCGCAGCGAUCUGCUGGGCUGGGUGCAGCCCGGGGCGUGCUUGCCCGUGGAGCAGCAUGCUUGCCAGCUGCUGCAGCAGCUCAAGGCCAUGCUGGACGAGAGGCUGCUCACCGACGUGCUGCUCCUCGUAGAGUGUGGCGGCUCCUUCCCCUGCCACCGCAACGUCCUCGCCGCCGUCAGCCCCUACUUCCGGUCGAUGUUCACCAAUGGGCUGACGGAGAGCUCUCAGCGCGAGGUCUCCAUCCUCGGCGUGGAGGUGGAGGCCAUGCAGCUGGUGCUGGACUUUGCGUACACGUCGCGUGCCAACCUCACCGAGUCCAACGUGCAGGGAGCCUUCGCGGCCGCCAACCUCUUCCAGAUCCCGGGGCUGCUCUCGCUCACCGCGGCGUUCAUGGCGUCGCGUCUCGACGCGCAGAACGUCGUGGGGGUGUUCGCGUUCGCCGACGCGCACCAUCACGCCGAGCUGCGCGCCGCCGCCUGCGGCUUCAUCCGCCGCUGGUACCCGGCGGUGGCGCGCGAGCGCGAGUUCGGCGGCUUGAGCCGCGCCCAGCUCGAGGAGCUGCUGUUGAGCGACGACCUCAACGUGGAGCGCGAGGAGCAGGUGUACGAGAGCGUCGUGGCGUGGGCCGGGCGCGACCCCGGCCGCCUGUCCGAGCUGCCCGGCGUGUUCGCGCGCUGCCUGCGCCUCUCGCUCAUGGACGCCGAGUACGUGCGCGCGCUGCCCGCGGCGCUGUCCCGCGCGCUGUGUCCGGACGGCGCCGCCGCUUCCGCGGACGCCAACGCCGAGGCCCAGGCAAGCCGGCCGCGGCUCGGCAUGACCGCCACGGAGAUGGUGAUCUGCUUCGAGGCGGCGCACAAGCAUUCCGCGCGCAAGCGCAUGGUGAUCUGCCUCGACCCGGUGACGCACGACGUCUACCGCCUGAGCCGGCUGCCGGGCGACCUGCGCGAGGCCGGCCUCCUCGUCACGCCCGACAACGACCUGCUGGUGGCCGGCGGCUAUCGGCCGGGCUCCAACGAGGCGGCCGUGGACCACCGCGCCGAGGCGGAGUGCUGGCGCUACGAGCACUCGAGCGACCAGUGGCGCGUCUGCGGCACGCUGGUGCGUGCGCGCAUUCGCUGCCAGCUGGCGCACUGCCGGGGGGCCACGUACGCCGUGGGGGGCCACGUGUACGAGGGCGACGGCCGCAACGCGCUCAAGUCCGUCGAGCGCUACUCGGAACGCGACGAGGUGUGGACCUCGGUGAGCCCCAUGCCGGUCGCCAUGGAGUACCACAGCGUGGCCGCAGCACUGGGCAGGAUCUACGUGUUACAGGGCGACGUGUUCCUGGCCUACCAGGCGGAGCACGACCACUGGGAGUACCUGACGCCCAUGACGGUCCCGCGGCUGCAGAGCCACGCGCUCGUGUGCGGCGACUGGCUCUACUGCGUGGGCGGCGCCCUCUCCUCGGCCGCGGCCGCCGCGGCGGCAGCGGCCGCGGCGUCCGGCGGCGGCAGCGACGGCGGCGACGACGCGGGGGGGCCUUGCGAGGGCAGCCGCCGGCGCACGCUGACGGUGGAACGCUACUCGCUGCGCAACAACGUGUGGGAGCGGCGCUCGGAGCUGCCCCUGGACCCCGGCGCGAGCCCCUACGCACGCCCCGUGGCGCUGGGCGGGCGCCUCCACAUGUUCGUGCGGCAGACGCAGGUGCUGCUGGAGGAGCUGGUGUUCAGCAUGUGCCGCCGGUACUCGCUGUUCGCCAACGAGGACGAGACCGACACGUGGCGCGAGGUGUACACGGCGCCCGAAAGACUCUGGGACCUGGGCCGCCACUUUGAGUGCGUCGCCGCCAAGAUGUACCCGCAGUGCCUGCACAAGAUGCUGUGAUUGGGGGGGGGGGGGGGGGGGGGGCUUGAGGAUGAGGUGAGGGCACAGCGGGAGGUCCCAGAAUGCGUAGGAACUUUACACCAAAAACUGCCGAGUUUUAUUUUAUUUAAAUGUCAACACGCCGUCAUUUUGCCGAAGUGCAGCAGUCGAACGUCGCCGAUCAAUCUCUCCGAUUUCCUGGACACAAGACACCGUCUCCAUUGCGAGGCCGAGAUUAGUUUUUCCUCCUCACGAAGACCUCCAACUUGGUGUUCGGCCGGAUGGUCACGCGCAGCCUGGGUGGGUGUAGCUACCACGCGUGUUUUAUGUGACGGAUCUUGUCUUUACGGAAGGUGCAAUCGGGAACCAGUGCUCGUGCUGCCUCCACUGUGUUGCCACCGCUCUCAAGCUCGUGGGUUCAGUUUGACGGGACUGCCAGAACCACUUUCUGCCAUUUACGCAGUUCCUGAACGCCCACUUUUUCAUGAAUACCACUCGGACGUUUUGCGAAUGCAAGUUGAAAUGCGCCUCUAUGAUACUGAUGGUCGUAGCGGCGCCGACAAAAUUCUGUGUCCCUCGUGCGUGUGUGCUGUGCGCGACAGUGCUGGGCGUACAACUCUGCACUGCUGCUGCUGUAUUUCUCGUCUCUCGAAAGGGGAGGGCCCCGCCGCCCCCCAGGGCUGGGAUUGUUACCGGUGCUGCGUUCUGCACAAAUGUGAACCCUUGGAGGCUCGCUUGGGGAAAACGCGUAUUUUUGUAAACGUGAUCUGCUGCUCGGAGGCCGCUUAAUUAAUUGCCCCCCACCUUUAGUCGUUUGCCCCUUACAGGUUGGGCUUUGUCGUCCAUGCCCCCCUGGUUUAAACUUCUUUUUAAUGAUGCUUUCUCUCCACGGCCAUUCUGUGAACACCGUCGGGGCUCUUGAGACUCGUCUAAACUGGGCAUUCGCUUUUAGUUUUUAUUCUCGUGCGGCCACGCCCCGCAAGCUCCUGGACGAGGCGACGGCGUUCCGGAGACGCUCGCGGGCGCCGCCUACGCCGAGGCGCUGGCUCGGCUAUCGGUUAUCGGUGGCGCGUGUACCACGGCCCACGUGCACCACGGCCCACGUGCACCACGGCCCACGUGCGACCUCCAUAUCGCUGGCAUUGCAGGAUUACUGGGAUAUCGCCAACUGUUCAAGGACCACACGGAUCUCGCUAAAUGCUACACGUCCCGCACCAGCAAAGUUUUCACCUUGUCGGUGUCACCAAGACGUCGCUUCAAGCGCCUUGGCGGCACCACGACAUCGCCUUCGCCCGAGGAUUUGCUACGUGACGGCUCGACCGCCAAACUCUGGGAACGCGACGCUACUGCUUGAUGCCUUCACUGUUCACUGCAUAACUUGAAACUACAAGAGGCUGCUGAUGUGUUUUAUAUCGGGCAUCCUCUGGGAUAAAUGUUAAUUUGCCCGUGUUGCUGGUGUUGUAGAAGGGUGUGUGUGCGCAUGAGUGAAGUGUGCGGUGGGAGGAGGUGACAGUGCAGUUAGACCUCGUUCGGUGACUACGGAGCACAGCUCCCAUGUCCUGGUGUUCGGGGAUGAAGGCCAUAGCAGAAAUUGUUCCCCGUGUCUAAAACCGUGAGGUGGAGGGCUUUGAUGUCCACGUUCAUUGUGGCCAAUUGUGUUGAUGCCACCACAACCCGCGCCAGCGCUUCGGCCAUCUCGCUCGGCUCGGCUAUUGCAGCCCCCCCCCCCCCCCCCCCCCCCCCCCCCCCCAGCGCCCCACUCGGGUCUCCCAGCGUCUGCCUUUGGCUUCUUCCCUUUGGGCUCCCACCACUGGGCCACCUCUCUGGUACCUGUCUGUCUCUCUAACUGGUCUCCCGCCGCGUGCUGCACGAGAAUAGAACCACCAACUCGUCCGGCCUCGUUUACAAACCCAAGGGUCGUCUUUUGAAAUCUGUGAAUGAAAUUUGUAACGGUGCGGUUGUGCCACACUUGCAGGCGUGCGUAAAAGAUGUGGCAAACAUUUUUAACGUUUCCCCUCCACCCAACAAAAUACUUGUCGCAUGCGAGCGCUCAAGGCGGAGGUGUGGAUGGUUGGUGGCCGUGUCCGCGUGUCUGCUGCUGCUGCUUCCCUCUCUCUCUCUGACUCGGUACUCUGGUUUUCUUGGGAAGAGUCGUCGAGUCGUGCAGAUGGGACACCUCUCCUCAUGCAACAAAACAAGUGUCUGGGUUUUACAAUGUUUGUGUCGCCUUUUAUGACUUUGAGAAUUGCAAAUAAAGUUUCAAAAGUU